AGGCUGGAGCACAAGGGGGGGCGAAAGCAGCCGCCGCAGCAGCCGCCGCCGCCGAUUCUCCUUCUGGCUGGGCAGUGCCUGGAUCUCCUGUCCCAUCUCUGCUCUUCUGUGGAUUAAGACUGUGAAGUGACCAUGGGGAAGCAGAAUAGCAAACUGCGUCCAGAGAUGCUCCAGGACCUGCGGGAAAACACGGAGUUCUCAGAUCUGGAGCUGCAGGAAUGGUACAAAGGCUUCCUCAAGGACUGUCCCACCGGCAUCCUGAACGUGGAGGAGUUCAAGAAGAUCUAUGCCAACUUCUUUCCCUACGGCGAUGCCUCCAAGUUUGCCGAGCACGUCUUCCGCACCUUCGACACCAACGGGGACGGCACGAUCGACUUCCGAGAGUUCAUCAUCGCCCUGAGCGUCACCUCCCGGGGCAAACUGGAGCAGAAGCUCAUGUGGGCCUUCAGCAUGUAUGACCUGGAUGGUAACGGCUAUAUCAGCCGGGAGGAGAUGCUGGAGAUCGUGCAGGCCAUCUACAAAAUGGUUUCCUCGGUGAUGAAGAUGCCUGAGGAUGAAUCGACUCCAGAGAAGAGAACAGAAAAAAUCUUCCGACAGAUGGAUACUAAUAAUGACGGAAAACUCUCUCUGGAAGAGUUCAUCAAAGGUGCCAAGAGCGACCCCUCGAUCGUGCGGCUGCUGCAGUGUGACCCCAGCAGCGCCUCGCAGUUCUGAGCCCUCCCGAGGGGAAUGGGGGAUGGGCCCCAUCCUCUCCAGAGAGCACUGCCAAGACACCUGACCUCACGAAAUCACCGGCUCCGCCAUGGAGGCCAGCUUCCCAUAACCCUCUGGGUGAACGGACAUGCUCCCAUGAAACGACAGCACGGCCGCUGUUUUCUCAACUCAUCCACUCUGCUUCCCUCAUGCUGAGUCUGUAGCCACGUCCUUGGGAACGUUCAGCAGGUUCUGGGGCUCUCAGGGCAGGUGGGAGGCGGACAGAACAGGAGCCAGCCUGCUGGCGGGAGCACAGGGCCCGGUUCAGCGUUGUCCUCCGGGGGUCUCUGGGAGGGGGGGCAGGCCUUGGUCAGCUGCACGAACAGCCUGUGGUACCCUGAAGGGGGGGGACUAAGCUCUCAGUCUCCCCACCCCCAGCAGGAACACAGGCAGGUGCUCUUACCCCUUCACUGCCCUCCAAAUGCCAGCCCUGCAAAAUGGGAGGGAUGAAGCCGCUGCAGGGCCAGCACGUAGCUGUAGUGAAGAGCCACUUCGCUGGGUCAGGCUGCACUCCAGGCUGCCUAGUCAUGUUUCCCCUGAGGACUGACUGGUGCGUUGGGGGCACAACCCCGGGGCACACUCGGCGGGGAGCAGAGAGGGCCUGGCCCUCCCUUCUCGAGAUGGUCGCCAUAGACGAAGCUAGAGGGAAUAUGCUGGUGUCUCUGCAGCUAGUGGAGAUUGGGGUGGGAGACUUUGGCUAGGUCUGUAGGAACAGGGACGGAGCUGGGUAAUUUCCCCAUGCAGCUCAGGGGAGGCCCUCCCCGCUGAAUGCUUCCCUCACUUCUAGCUUCUGCCAGGAUUUUCCAUGGAGUCAGCCCCAAAAGCUUAGCUGCGAGCCCCAGAGCAAGCCAAGCCCCCAGCUUCUGCCAACUCUGGGUGCACAGCAGGGGCCGGGGCCUUUCUUCAGCCAUGGGGCCGCACAAAAGCUAAAGUUAGGGGCUCAUGGAAGUAGCUUGCGGGGGAAAGGUCAGCCAGCAACAGGAGGGGCUCUGGCCACAGCCCUAGAGCUGCUCAUUCAGGGGCUGAAGGGGGCGGCGUGGGGAGCAAUCAGCCUGCAUGGGGGACUUGCCCUCACAGCUGGUGUCUGAAGGAGUUAAGCAAAAUGAAUUCCCAACACAGCUGAGGGUGCUGGCAGAAUGUGGCCAUGGCAAAUCCUGUCUCACUGAGCCAGAAGUUGGACUUCUUGCCCUCUUCCCUAAUCAACAGCUGGCUGCAUAGAGGAGGACCCCUCCCCUGACAGGGUCCUGGGUGGAAGGGGAUGCACCCACCUCUAGAGCCUGCCCCAGCUGGAGGGCAGGGGCUGAGUAAGUCCCAAGGGGGAAGGAGAGUGUCAGUGGUAGCAGGCUCAGCCCUUGGGCUGCCCCCUCACCUCCCAGCUGAUUGUAGCCUCCUCUGCUUAGCACAGAUGGGGGGCAGCCCUGAGGACCCCAGCGCACACAUUAAAGGCCACUGCUGUCUGUCA